AUGGCCAGGACGUGUUGCUUCGUGCCGAAUGCGGGCAAGCCUGUGUCCCCGGUGCCCGAGACGUUCCGUGGGGUGGCGCUCUACGAGAAUUACAUGCGGAAGGUCAUCCGCCGUGCCGCGGCUGAGAAGUCGGAGGCGGCUGCCAAUGCGGAUCGAAACAUGAAGCCGAAGCCGUUUAUCAGGAGCACUGUCUACAUACCUGGCGUAUCACCGUCACCCACCUCAGCUACUGCAACGGCCGAAAGCGCUGGCUUUGAUCAAGCGGAUCAGAUCUCGCCGCAGCUUGCAGCUCUAGCUGCAGAGACUGCGGAGAAGCUCGCGGCUCAGAAUUUUGACUGCGGUAAUACGCGGGUUGUCUUGUGGCGUUGCUCCCCAGCUAUCGACACCGGCAUGCUCAAAGUCAUGAUUCCUGCAGCCGGUUCUCUCAAGCAAGCCGGGGAGUCCUCAGCGGGGAUCCUUUCAGCUCACAAGCAGCUUUGGGUGGGAAGCAAAUGUGCCAUGAAAACACGUGUGAUUGUGCUUUUUAGCCUAGCUGUCAUCGCUGGAGUCCUUUGCACGUCUUAUCUUCCUGACUUGCAGGGACUGCAGCCGGAGCUUGGUGUCUCUGAUCGUGUUGUCACUGCAGCCGGGUUCGUCUCAAGUGGAGCAUCUGCUGCCGCCGGGCUACUGUCCGGGGCAGGCUUUCUUUCUCAACCGGACGAUGUCGAGUUCGUUCAGCCAGUCGACCACGAAGUGGAGCUGGACAUACCACCCGUUCACAGGUGCAACCCCUUUGAUCAUGUGCUGGUCGUCAACCUCGAGGGUCCAGGAGGAGAAGCACGACGCAAUCACAUUUUGCGCGAGUUCGGCAAGAAAGGUUUGCGAGGAAGGUUCAAAUUCUGGCCAGCCGUCAAUUUCGGCACAGACGAAGGCUUGGCCGCGGAAACCGGGAAGAAGAAAUGUCCAUGUGACCCAAAGGUAGGCUGUGGACUCAGUCAUAGGCGCAUCUAUGAGACCAUGCUCGCCGAGCAGUGGGCAUGCGCGACGGUCUUUGAAGACGAUGUGACCCUCGCUGAGAAUUUCACGACCAGGAUAGAAAGUGCCAUCGAUAGCAUCCCACCGUUCGACGUUAUUCUGUGGGGGUUUUGCCCCGGUGGUUACAAGCCGCGUCAUGGCCCCAAGGAUCAAAGCUCAGUCCCCAUACUUAGAUAUGGCUGGCCAGGUUCGUGUGUGCAUGCCUACACUGUCAGUCUAUCGGGUGCGCUUGUGUUAACUCAAGCGAAUACACCCGCCGUGGUUCCGCCGGAUGGUGCCAUGGAUGGUAUGCAUUGGUAUAAGGACAAAACCAGGCUGCACGUCGACCGAUCUGGUGGAGUUAUAACAGGCUCGUACUGGUUCGCCACCCCGCAGCUAUCAUGGCAAGGGGUGGAGGCGGACAACUUGGAAGGUGGAGUGUAA